UUUCUAUUAGUUGCAAUGUUUUGGUGAAGGUGUUAAAUUCAGACCAAUUAGUAGCUAUCAAAAACAUCUGGGACAAGAUCUACCUACAUUGGCUGAUAAUUAACGUACUGAGUUGAUUGUUCGUUCAAUGGUCGUUUCCUAAUCAACAUGCAUCGCUUUUUGGAACCAAUGCCACGCACAAUUCUUCAUUCAUUUUUACUGGUUUAUGGUUUAAACUGAAAGAAUCACUGCGAUCGAAAUUCUGGAUUUGUUUUUUUUUCUUUUUUUCGCUAGAAAAUGAACAUUAUAAAUGCAAUACUUAACUCCAUUUUUUUUUCUGAUAUAUUGUUUAGUUAUUUUUUUAUUUUGAUUUUCUUUAUAAAACCUCAUAAUUUUUAAUAUUUUUACUCAAUUGACAAUUCUAUUUAUUAUUUGCUGGAAAUUGUUUAAAAAUGGGCUCUGAUUCUACCAUCAAGAACGAUAAACAAAUCAAGGAAAAUGUGAAAGAAGUGAAAAAGAAAGUGAAAAAAGAAAGACAAGUUGAAAAUGCUGAGGAUUUUUUAUUCAAACGUUCAAUUCCUGUUCCUGAUGAUUUUGUGAAAGUCCAAGGCAUUGACUACUUCCAACCAAGUGCAUUUAAUAUGAACGCAAAAGAUUUGGUAAAAUCAAUGAGAACUACUGGCUAUCAAGCAAGCUCUCUUGGAAAAGCUUGUGAAAUUAUCAAUGAAAUGAGAAAAUGGAGAGGUAAACACAUCUCAGAAUUAUCUGAUGAAGAAAAAACCAAAGGUAAAUUCGAUGAAAAGGGUUAUCAGAGAACUACAAUCUUCUUGGGCUACACUUCAAAUUUGAUCUCUUCCGGUUUAAGAGAAACUAUUAGAUAUUUGGUUCAAAAUAAAUUUGUUGACAUCUUGGUUACAACUGCUGGUGGUAUCGAAGAAGAUUUAAUCAAAUGUCUUGGUUCAACUUAUUUAGGUGAUUUUAGCUUACCUGGGAAACAAUUAAGAAAAGAUGGCAUGAAUCGAAUUGGUAAUUUAAUUAUUCCAAAUGAUAACUAUGUGGAAUUUGAAAAUUGGAUCAACCCAAUUUUAGAUCGAAUGUUAAUUGAACAAGAAGAAGCUGCUGCAAAGGACCCAAAGUUUCUUGAAUAUGGCACUAAAAGCUUUUGGACCCCAUCAAAAAUGAUUGCUAGAUUCGGUAAAGAGAUUAAUGAUGAAUCAAGUGUCUUGUAUUGGGCUUAUAAAAAUAAAAUUCCAAUUUUAUGCCCCGCUAUUACUGAUGGUUCAAUUGGUGAUAUGUUGUUUUUCCAUACCUUUAAAAAAUCCCCAAAACAAAUUAGAUUGGAUAUUGUUCACGAUGUUCGUAUUAUAGAUACCGCUGCCAUUGAGGCUAACCAUGCUGGUAUGAUAAUAUUAGGCGGUGGUUUGAUCAAACACCAUAUUGCUAAUGCUUGUUUAAUGAGAAAUGGUGCUGAUUAUGCUGUUUAUAUCAAUACUGGUCAAGAAUUCGACGGUUCAGAUGCUGGUGCAAGACCCGAUGAAGCUAUUUCUUGGGGUAAAAUUAAAGCUGAUGCUCUUCAUACCAAAGUUUAUGUUGAAGCAACUGUUGCUUUCCCAUUAAUUGUUGCAGCCACUUUUGCUUCCAAAAAACCCAAAGCAAUCCGUGGCUCUUCUCGUUUAUAGAGGUUUUGUCUUUUGUUUUUUUUACUUUAUUUUGUCUUAUUUUUAUUAUUAUUAGAAUUUACAUAUAAAUGAACUUUUUAAAUUUGUUUUUUUAUAAAAGGACGUUAUGUUCAUUAAAACCAGUGGUUAUCAUUGUGUGUACAAUAAAUAAACAUACUAAUUAC